AUGUGCUCGCCCUGCCACGUCGAGCGUCAAGUACCCAGCUUCUCGCUGCCCCACUUGCCCGGCCCACACGAGGUGGAGGGAGAGGGAGCGGGAGGCUCCCCCUUCACUGGCCUCACCUUCAGCAACCUCCUCCGCUUAUGCACCUCCUCCUUCGCCUUCCUCCAGCAGCUCCACGCUCAUCUUAUCACCCGCCGCUGUCCCCCCACCCACUCCCUCCACCACCUCUUCGUCCGUUCCUACGCCGCCCAUGGCCGCCUUCUCCAUGCCCGCCGUCUCCUCGACCGUUGCGGCGGCGGCGGCGGCGGCGCCCCUCUCGUCACCUGGAACGUCCUCCUCCAGGCCCAUUCCAAGUCCCCCUCCUCCGCCGAAGCCGCCAUCCUCCUCUUCCGCCGGCUGCUAGCGGGCGAAUGCCCCGCCGCCCCCGACAAGUACUCCUUCACCUUCGCCAUCGCCGCCUCCUCCCGGGGUCCCUCUCCCGCCGCCGGCGAGGCCCUCCACAGCCUGGCGGUGAUCGCCGGCGUCCUGUCCGACGUCUUCGUGGGGAACUCCCUCAUCAACAUGUACUCUGCAUUCGGAAACACAGACGACGCCCAGCGAAUGUUCGACGAAAUGCCCCUUAGAGACGUGGUCACCUGGACCAGUCUCCUCGCCGGCUACCUGAGGGCCGCCGACGUCUCCAAGGCGGAGGCGGUAUUCCAGGAAAUGCCGCGCCGGAACGAGGUCUCCUGGGCCGCCAUGGUCUCCGGCUACGUCAAGGCGGCGAGGUUCAGCGACGCGCUGCGGUGCUUCCGCGUCUUGCUGCGGGGCGAGGAAGCGGAGCCCAACGAGGCGGUGCUCGUCUCCGUCCUCUCCGCCUGCGCGCAGUCCGGCGCCCUCGAGCAGGGGAAAUGGGUCCACGCGUUUAUCCGCCGGAGCGGAUCUCCGGUGAGCUCCGCCAUCGCAACGGCGCUGGUUGAGAUGUACAGCCGGUGCGGUGAUAUCGAGUGCGCCCGUCAGGUAUUCGACUCAGUGCCCAGGAGAGGUUUGCCAGUCUGGACUAGCAUGGUCUCGGGGCUGGCCCUGCACGGCUGCGGCGGCGCCGCCGUCGAGCUCUUUCGGCGGAUGCUCGACGAGGGGGUGAAGCCCGACGACGUCGCCCUUCUGGGAGUCCUCAACGCCUGCAGCCACUCUGGGCUGGUCGAGGAGGGAUGCGCUAUCUUUGACAAUAUGGUUUCCUCGUGGGGGAUAUCACCCAAGGUGGAGCACUAUGGCUGCCUGGUUGACCUCCUCGGCCGCGCCGGGCGGCUCCGGCGGGCACUGGAGGUGGCCGCCAGCAUGCCCGUCGAGCCCGAUGCCGCCAUAUGGAGGUCCCUCCUCAGCGCCUGCAGGAUCCACGGCGAUGUGCGCCUAGCGGAGCUCGUCGCCAGCCGGCUUGCUUGCUACCCUCCUGCCGAGCGGGGUGGCAGUCUGGUGCUGCUGUCGAACCUCUACGCCUCUGCGCGGCAGUGGGAUGAGGCUGCCAGCGUGAGGAAGAAGAUGGCGGCAGUGGAGGGGGAGGGGACAGUGCCGGGCUGCAGCCUCAUUGAGAUUGACGGUGCAGUCCAUGAGUUCUUGGCGACGGACAGACGGCACCCAUGCAUCAUCACCAUCCGGGCCAAGCUGGGGGAGGUCCUAGCGAGGGUGAGGGCGGAAGGCGGUUACGCCGUUGACACAAGCGGCGUGACCUUCGACUUGGAGGACGAGGACAAGGAGGAGGCAGUGGCGGGGCACAGUGAGAAGCUGGCAGUGGCGUUCGGGCUGAUGAGCCUGCAGCCAGGGGGGCCGAUGAGGAUCGUGAAGAACCUAAGGAUUUGUGAGGACUGUCACUCGGCCAUGAAGGCCAUCUCCCUGGUCUUCCAUCGGGAGAUCCUAGUGAGAGACAAGGCUCGCUUCCACGCCUUCUCUAGUGGGUGUUGUUCCUGCGGCGAUUAUUGGUGA